AUGGCCUCGACCGACGAGGCUGCUCCGUCGCGGCCCAAGCGGCCAGCGCCCAUGACGAGGCAGUCGAGCAGCCAGUCGCACAUAUCGCAGAGCCCGUCGGAGAAAGGGCACCACCGGCCGGCGCAGUACAAGGUGAACCACCGCCAUGUCGCGGGCGGGCGCAUGCAGCGGACGACCUCGACAGGCAAGAACCUAGGCAAGUUCGCCAAAGCCGCCCAGCAGCCGCAAGCCACCGAGGACAGCGGACGUCACCACCGCCGCUCGCAGUCGGGCACCUCCAUAUCAGCGCCCAGCAGCCCGCGCCCCGGCUUCAAGCGCAAUGCCUCGUCGGGCGCCAUCAUGAGACACAACCCGCAGGCACACGCGCACGCGGGCCUGCGCAAGAACCACUCGAGCGGCCAUCUGGUGGGCAAGGCGAAGGGCGGCAAGUCGUCCAAGGACCUCGCGCAGGUAAAGGGAAAGCUAGGCAACCCCAGCAGGUCGCGGCAAGCGUCACCCGAGGAGCGCCCUAUAGUACACUUCGACGUCGGGAAGGACGACAACGACGAGAACGACGAGGAAGAAGGGGGAUGGACAGAGGAGAGCGCGUCUCAGUCGCCCAACACAACACGCUCGAACACGCGCUCCAACUCGGUCGCAGCGGAGGCACAGCGGGUAGUCGACGACGCGACAGAGAGCAACACGCGGGCGAAUGCAGGAGACACCUCGCCAGCGCCCGCCGCUGAGCCACCACAGACACGGACUACCUACACGCUGCCCGAACGCGCGCGCGCGCCUCCGCAGACGAACAGAGCAGCCUCGUCCCACCACUCGCGACCGCCAGACGCCGAUCUGAUUACCUCCCGCCUGCUCCAGCGCAACGCCUCUCACGCCGUGGUCGCCCCGCAAUCGUCGUCAGUAUCAGCAACCGUCGCCUCCACAGCAGACCGCGGCCAUCAGCUCAGCACCAGCGUGGGCAGUACCCUCGUCGACACCCCAGGGCGGGACCUCGUGUCGCGCUUCAUGGACGGCGACGGCUCAGCAGGCACCCCGCGCGAUGGCAGCUGCAUGCCCGGCCGCCGCGUCUCCAAAGACGAGGGCGAUCUCGACGCGAGCAAGCGCAACAAGAGCAUGCCCAGCUUCGGCGACGCAGAGGAUGGCGAAAACGCAGACACACCCACGCGCCCGCAAUCCGUCAAAUCCGGCACAACGACACCCAACCUCUUCCCCUCCAUCAACAACAGGACACAAAACAAACUGCUCCUGCAGCGCGCCGCCUCCGCCAUCGAACCGCACGCGCCCGUCCCCGCUAUUCUCCGCACCGGCGGCCCCUCCUUCCACAACAUCGGGCUCUCCUACCCCGGCGAGGGCCGUCUCGACCCGCGUCUGCAACAGCAAUUCAACCACGUCGCCAUUGAAUACAGAGUCGUCCAGCGCUACCGCAACCCGCUCUCCGACAGCAUAAUCCGGGUCCAGCAGAUGCCCGGCAUGCUGCGCAGGCUGCGCGCCACAAAGCCGGCGAGCACGAACGAGAGCAGUAGCUUGGGCGUGAGUACGCUGAGUAGUAGUAUCAACGAGAAUGGUGUUGAGACGGACGGCGCGAGGAGUCGGAGGAGUGCGACGAGUUUUGAGCAGGGUGGGGAGGACGAGGAGGAGGGGAGAAGGAGUUUGGAGGAGAGGCCGCGGAAUGAGGCGGAGGAGUUGUGUCGCAGGAUGUGGGAUAGUGCGGAGAUUGUGGGUGGUGAAUGA